UAGGCUGUGUGUGUCGGGGCAUGGUGUGCACCGGUUGGGGGCUCUAAGGGUGGGUGGGGGAAGGAGCCCUGGGGAAACAGUGUGCCUUUGUGAGGGUGUGUGUGUGUGUGUGUGUGUGCCGCUGAGUCUGUGUGCAGUGGGUGUGGGUGUUUGUCUCCUUGUAUCCGCCUUCUCUCCCGUUCUGGACUUUUAGCCUUCCUGGGCUCAUUUUCCCCAUGUCCUACCUCCUCCCUCUCUGGGCUCGAAUUAGGUGCCCUAGUGGAGGAGGGGGGCAUGCUCCAGGACCUAGUCCAACCCCAGACGCUGCCUGAGGCUUCCCUCCAGCUCCCCCUCCCUUCCUUUUCUCCCUUUCCUCCCUCCCUCUCUUUCCUCUCCUCCCUCCCCCCCAAGGCUGGCGUGCCAGGGGGUGGGACAUGCCAAUCACUGGCUGUGCCUCUCCGGCUGCCAGCACAGGGCGCAGCUCCCCCCGGGAGCCAGGUGUUUGGGUCCCUGGAGACGCCGCCGGCCCCCGGGGAGGCAGUGGGGCUGAGGACCCUACAGACCCUUCUCCAGUCCCAUGGGAACCCUGACUCCCACCACCCCCAUCCACCUUCAGCCCCCCCAAGAUGGACUGAACCAGGUUGCUGGCCAGACGGACAAGCUGGAUGCCAAGAGCCUUGCCCCGGCCUUCCCAUCUCGCCUUAUUUGAUGGAAGGAUCCUGCUGGAGCUCCACAUGCUCAAAGUAAAAGAGAGACGUGGGUUCUAGCCAUACUCACCUCCUCUGUCACUGUGGCCUGCUCUAGUGGCCGCUUGGAGCCACGGCUGCCUCGGGGAAAUGGGGAGCCUAAGAAACCUUCCUCCUAGAGAUGUACGACAGUUAAAUUAGGUGAUGACCUCCCCCUGAGGAAGCCCUGUACCGCGACUAGAGGAAGGGGCUGCCCCCCCCACCCCAGCCCACCACCAUGAAUACCUCGGCCCCACCCGCCGUCAGCCCCAACAUCACCGUCCUGGCACCAGGAAAAGGACCCUGGCAAGUGGCCUUUAUUGGGAUCACCACAGGCCUCCUAUCCCUGGCCACAGUGACAGGGAACCUGUUGGUCCUCAUCUCCUUCAAGGUCAACACUGAGCUCAAGACAGUCAACAACUACUUCCUGCUCAGCCUGGCCUGUGCUGACCUCAUCAUCGGUACCUUCUCCAUGAACCUCUAUACCACGUACCUGCUCAUGGGCCACUGGGCUCUGGGCACCCUGGCCUGCGACCUCUGGCUGGCCCUGGACUACGUGGCCAGCAACGCCUCCGUCAUGAACCUGCUGCUCAUCAGCUUCGACCGCUACUUCUCCGUGACCCGGCCCCUGAGCUAUCGAGCCAAGCGCACACCCCGCCGGGCGGCCCUGAUGAUCGGCCUGGCCUGGCUGGUCUCCUUCAUCCUGUGGGCUCCGGCCAUCCUCUUCUGGCAGUACCUGGUAGGGGAGCGGACGGUCCUGGCCGGGCAGUGCUACAUCCAGUUCCUCUCGCAGCCCAUCAUCACCUUUGGCACAGCCAUGGCCGCCUUCUACCUCCCGGUCACGGUCAUGUGCACGCUCUACUGGCGCAUCUACCGGGAGACGGAGAACCGGGCCCGGGAGCUGGCGGCCCUGCAGGGCUCCGAGACGCCCGGGAAGGGGGGCGGCAGCAGCAGCAGCUCUGAGCGGUCCCAGCGGGGGACGGAGGGCUCCCCGGAGACCCCUCCGGGCCGCUGCUGCCGCUGCUGCCGGGCGCCCAGGCUGCUGCAGGCCUACAGCUGGAAGGAAGAGGAGGAAGAGGACGAAGGCUCCAUGGAGUCCCUCACGUCCUCCGAGGGGGAGGAGCCCGGCUCCGAGGUGGUGAUCAAGAUGCCCAUGGUGGACCCCGAGGCCCAGGCCCCCGCCAAGCAGCCCCCCCGGAGCUCCCCCAACACGGUCAAGAGGCCAACCCGGAAGGGGCGUGAGCGGGCGGGCAAGAGCCAGAAGCCCCGGGGGAAGGAGCAGCUGGCCAAGCGGAAGACCUUCUCGCUGGUCAAGGAGAAGAAGGCGGCUCGGACCCUGAGCGCCAUUCUGCUGGCCUUCAUCGUCACCUGGACGCCGUACAACAUCAUGGUGCUGGUGUCCACCUUCUGCAAGAACUGUGUUCCCGAGACCCUGUGGGAGCUGGGCUACUGGCUGUGCUACGUCAACAGCACCAUCAACCCCAUGUGCUAUGCGCUCUGCAACAAAGCCUUCCGGGACACCUUCCGCCUGCUGCUGCUCUGCCGCUGGGACAAGCGUCGCUGGCGCAAGAUCCCCAAGCGCCCGGGCUCUGUGCACCGCACCCCCUCCCGCCAGUGCUGAGGGCCCCUAGCCGGUGUCCAGGCCCGCCACCCCAGGCCCUGGGACAGCCGGGCAGGAAGGAAGCGGGCAGGGGCUGCGACCUCAGACCCAGGGCCCUACUCUGUCCUCACCAGGCUUCCGGGCGGGGGGGGGCGGGGGGGAGCCGUAGGUCACCUUCCUGGACGGCCCAGACAGACCCUGCCAGCUUUCCAAACUGUUGCUAUUCCCAGGCAGGGAACGAACCUGAACCGGGGGAACUGGUUUUUCUGUUCCCUGCUGGGUGGGAAUGGGCUGUCACCAGGAAGAAGGCAGGGGAGAGGAGGAUCCAAGCUUUUAGAUCCCUUGUUUGCCUUCAGGCAGGAAAUCUGUGGGGAGCCAGCAGGCCCGGCCAGGAGUAAAUAGGUUCACAUUUCAGUCAUCCCUGGCCCAGGGGCUGGCCCCAUGGGGAUGGCAGUGGGAGAUGGUACCCCCCCACCCCA